AUGGGAAAGGUUGCCUCCCUGACAGCGACUCUGUUGGCUGUGUUCAGGACAGGCGAACACCUCUUCAUCUUGCCGCUAUACUGCCUUAGCAAACUGGCGACACAACCUCCUUCUCAUACGCUUCUCCUAGCUGACACCACUAAUGCACCAGUAGUGCGGGCAACACAGAAUACAGAAUUGUACGUGGAUAUUGUCUUCGCAGAUGCAAAGCGAACUUCACCCUCGACCUGCCAAGACGAGCUUCGGCUGAUGUUGAGCUCCCCGAUACCUGUUCUGGAAUCGUACCGUAAAGCUGAGAUGAACUGGGCGGGGGUCGGAAUCGAAUGCGACGUCCCAGACAGAUAUCUGACUGAGGAAUGUUCUUCGUCAGAACGUAAUCGAGCUGAAGCUUAA